CUUCCGCCUCGCCUUUCCCCUCCUGCCUGCGCGCCCGCCCCAGCUAUCAUGGCGGCUCCCUUGGCCUUGGUGCUGGUGGUGGCAGUGACUGUGCGGGCAGCCUUGUUUCGCUCCAGUCUGGCCGAGUUCAUCUCGGAGCGGGUGGAGGUGGUGUCCCCACUGAGCUCUUGGAAGAGAGACUCCAUUAAUAAUAUACCUCUUUCAUUUCCUGAUUGACUAUGCUGAAUUGGUAUUUAUGAUAACCGACGCACUCACUGCCAUUGCCUUGUAUUUUGCAAUCCAAGACUUCAAUAAAGUUGUGUUCAAAAAGCAGAAACUCCUCCUAGAACUAGACCAGUAUGCCCCAGAUGUGGCUGAACUCAUCCGGACCCCUAUGGAAAUGCGUCACAUCCCUCUGAAAGUGGCCGUGUUCUAUCUCUUAAAUCCUUACACGGUCUUGUCUUGUGUUGCCAAGUCUACCUGCGCCAUCAACAACACCCUCAUUGCUUUCUUCAUUUUGACCACGAUGAAAGGUAGUGCCUUCCUCAGUGCCAUCUUUCUUGCCUUAGCAACAUACCAGUCUCUGUAUCCACUCACUUUGUUUGUCCCAGGACUCCUCUAUCUCCUCCAGCGGCAGUACAUACCGGUGAAAGUGAAGAGCAAAGCGUUCUGGAUCUUCUCUUGGGAGUAUGCCAUGAUGUAUGUGGGAAGCCUAGUGGUAAUCGUUUGCCUCUCCUUCUUCCUUCUCAGCUCCUGGGAUUUCAUCCCUGCAGUCUAUGGCUUCAUACUUUCUGUUCCAGAUCUCACUCCAAACAUUGGUCUCUUCUGGUACUUCUUUGCAGAGAUGUUUGAGCACUUCAGCCUCUUCUUUGUAUGUGUGUUUCAGAUCAACGUCUUCUUCUACACCAUCCCCUUAGCCAUAAAGCUGAAGGAACACCCUGUCUUCUUCAUGUUCAUCCAGAUUGCCAUCAUCUCCAUCUUCAAGUCCUACCCGACCGUGGGGGAUGUGGCCCUCUACAUGGCCUUCUUCCCCGUGUGGAACCACCUCUACAGAUUCCUGCGAAACAUCUUUGUCCUCACCUGCAUCAUUAUCGCCUGCUCCCUGCUCUUCCCUGUCCUGUGGCACCUCUGGAUUUACGCAGGAAGUGCCAACUCCAAUUUCUUUUAUGCCAUCACACUGACCUUCAACGUUGGGCAGAUCCUGCUCAUCUCUGAUUACUUCUACGCCUUCCUGCGGCGGGAGUACUACCUCACACACGGUCUCUACCUGACCGCCAAGGACGGCACGGAGGCCAUGCUUGUGCUCAAGUAGGCCUGGCUGGGCACAGGGCUGCACGGACCUCAGGGGGCGAAAGGCCCAGAAGCUGGGCCAAGCCCUCUAGCCAGCGUUGCCAGCAGGCAAGCCCUGGGGCAGAUGAGGUUUGAGUCCAGGGUCAUGAAUAUCUGGCACCAGUGAGGAGCCAAGGCUGGCAGCAAGGCCUGUGGGGCGGAGCCAGGAGUCUCCACCUGGCCCCCACUGUGUGGCUCUGCACACCAGGAGCCCCUCCCAAGCAGGAAAGGGGAAGAAGCAGGUGAGCAGGGUUUGUUAGGCUGUGGCUACUUAAUAAAUGUUUCUUUUGUUAUGAAAACGUCU